ACAGAGCGAAGACUCUCUAAGGAGGCACUUAGACAUUUUUACAAAUUCAGAGCUUCAAACUUUUACAUUCUCCGGAGUUUUGUCACUGAAAUUACCUUCGUGAUUGAAAACUUGGGUCACGCUCAAGAUAUCAGCUUCACCCAGGACCCGACUGAAAAGGAAGACAAUGAAGAUAUAAUUGGUGAUUAUUUUAUAGUUGAAAGCACAUUAAAUGCUCUUAUGAUGGACACCCAGACACAUGGAACAGAGAGUACCAAGGGUGAUGUUUUUAUCAAUCAGGCCAACAAAGAUGAAUCCAGCUCUAGGAUGGAAGGUUUUAUAAAGGAUGAAUUCAACUGUGUAUUAAAUGCGAAGGAACUGUCUGAAGGACAAGUUGAUGCUGGAGGAGGUUCGUUAGGAAAUAAACAGAAUCCUGCUCAUAUUGGAGGUGGAAAUUUGACAGUCUUGAAACAAAAAGAGAAAGAACUCUUUGAUGAAGUAACUGCAAAGACUUCAGUACUAGAGCAUCUUAAACGAGAAUUGGAACUGAUGAAGGAAGCAGCUGAAAUGGUAUUUAAUAACCAACACUCUGUUGACUUCUAUGUUGACCAGUUGAAUGAACAAGUACAAGCUAAAAGGGAUUACCUUUUGACUUUGGAGUCUGAGUGGAACACUGCAAGAAAACCUCUGGAGGAGAGAAAGAGAAGUCUUGAGGAGUCUCUCUAUUCAAACAAUCCAGAUGCACUAGAAGUGCUUCAAAAGAUAAGAGAAGUGCAGCAGGAAGAGGAGUUCAUUUCAUCUGAAAUUAUGAAGAGUUAUGAAAAUUUGAAACUUUCUGCAGAUCUUGAGAAGCAGCAGAAAGCAGCAUCCAGGAAAUCCUAUACUGACAGGAUAAAGGAGAUUACAAAAAAUACCCGGAAACAAGACGCGGAUAUUGAGCGUAUCUUGAAAGAUACUCGGGAGAUUCAACUGGAGAGUAAUUCUAUCCGAGAACGCUUGCAUCGAACAUAUGCUGUUGCGGAUGAAAUUGUUUUUAGGGAAGCAAAGAAGGAUCCAACAGGGCUGCAGGUUUAUAGGCUCCUGGUUAGCAUCCACAAAGGUUUUGAACAAAUAUCUGAGAAAAUUCUGGCAACUGAUAGAGUUAAAAGAGAAGUGGCUGAGUAUGAAAUGAAGCUGGCAACUGCGGAUUCCAAUAGCUUGGAUUUGAGUGAACUAAAAACUAAUCUUGAUACCAUUAUCAGGGAAAAGGAACAGCCUAAAUAACAUUUGCAGUUAAGUGAAGGUGUUUCAGAAACACAUUUUAAACUGGCUGCCCCAAGCUUUUCUUGAGAUUGGUAGUAGAGAAAAUGAAUACCUUGGAGAAUAGUUACAGGUUAAGGGACAUGACAAGUCGCUGGGAACAGCCAUUUCUAAUUGUCAAUUACCAUUUUUUCAUGUUUUUUAUUGCAAUGUUUUGCAUAGGAAUGCUUUAAUUUUUGGUUUGAAUGCUUGAGGGCUUUAUUCAUACUUGUUUUGUCCAUUGUGUGAUACUACUUGUACUCAAAUUUUUAUUCUUAUCAUCAUGCAUUGAAGAAUAAAGAUUUGUUUGUUUACUUUGAAUAAUGAAAAUUCAACUCUAAUGUUU